UUUCCCAUUUUCUCACCAUCUCUCUUCUUCUUCUUCAUUAUUACGUUUUUUUUUUCUCCAUCUCCAUUCUCCAAAUACUAUAAUGGCCAUCAGGAAAUCAAACAAGCUAGCUCAAGCAGCAUUACUCAAACAGAUCCUCAAAAGAUGCUCAAGUUUGGGGAAGAAAGGUGGUUACGUUGAUGAUGAUGUCAACACCCUUCCUCUCGACGUACCAAAGGGUCAUUUCGUUGUUUAUGUCGGAGAAAACAGGAGUAGAUACAUUGUUUCCAUCUCUCUCCUCACUCAGCCGGAGUUUCAGUGUCUUCUCCGGCGAGCUGAGGAGGAGUUUGGCUUUGCUCAUGAGAUGGGUCUUACCAUUCCUUGUGAAGAAGUUGCUUUUCGAUCUCUAACCUCUAUGCUCAUGAUGAGAUGAGUCGGGUAGGGUCAGGAGGAUCCGAUCGAUCAUUGAUGAAGACCGAAUUAAGACAAACAGUUCCUAUUAAUUUUUUUUUCUGGAUCGGAAAAAAAUAUUUGAAGAGAGAUGGGCCAAGAUGAAGCAUAUAUAUAAUAUAUAUAUAUAUAUAUGCUUCUCUUUUUUUACCAUCUUUCUUUGUUUUGGGAACUAGUAUGUUUAACUCGGGAUGUAGAUUUGGUGAUUGAUUAAUUAAUUAAUUAAUGAUCGAUCAUUAUUCCGAGCCAUGCCACCGAACAUAUGAUUAAUCAUGUUUUUAGUGGGUCGGAUUACAUAUAUAUUAUAUUAUAAUAUUUGUACAAAUUCAUCAUAUGAUGAUUUAGCUAGCUAGUAGAACCGUACGUACGUACAAUUUAAGAAUUUUCCUCUCGCAGUGGUGUGAUUUUGCACCCCGUGAGAAAAUCCCAUGUUUUAAUGCAAGUUUAUUUAAUUAUUUACUUCUUGUUUAGCAAAUAAAUAAAUAAAAUUUUAGUUAACUCUU